AUGCAAACACAUCUCACACUCACAUUCUCUACUCUCUUCCUCACCCUCUUGUUCACAUCUCCAACCUUUCUCUUAGCGCACGAUCACGAUGAGCCGCAAGAUCUGGUCCGUUCAUCGUGCGUCCACGCCAGGUACCCGAGGCUGUGCAUCCGAACACUCUCCAACUACGCGGGGCCCACCAACACUUCAUUGGACGUGGCACGGGCCGCGCUUAGGGUGAGCCUGGCCCACGCUCUUAGGGCCUCCAAGUACCUGAAGUCAUAUUCCGGGCCCAAAAGCACCGCUGACAUAAUAACAAAAAGACAGCGAGUGGCGCUGAGUGACUGUGCCGAACAGAUUUCGGACUCGGUGGAUGAGUUAAGGAAGAGCCUGGAGGAACUGCAGCACCUUCGACCGGAGACUUUCCGGUGGCAGAUGAGCAACGCCCAGACUUGGGUCAGCGCCGCCCUCACCGACGGCGAUACCUGCCUCGAUGGCUUCUCCGGCGAAGGAAAGGUGAGGCGGGACUUGAAGCGCAGAGUCACUGACGUGGCAAGGGUCACGAGCAAUGCUCUGUAUAUGAUCAAUCGUCUCUGUGAAGGUGGGUCCGGGAAGGUUAAGCCCUCAAGCUCGAAUUCCAAGAACUGAGGGAGAAGGAACGUGGGAAGUGAGGUUGGUUAAUUGGAGUACGUUAAGUCUUAUUAAUUAACCACUCUAUUAUUUUUACUAUGUAAUGCUGCAAAAGAUAAGAUGGAAAUCCAAUGUUUGUAUCCUAUGAU